GCUCCCGCCCCCUUUCUUCCCUCACCUGCCACGUACAGGGCCUGAGCUCUCGUUAGGCUUGGUGCGUCCGUGCGAUUGGCCGCGGCUUGCGUGAUUCCACAAGCGAGGUGCAGCAGCUGAGGAAAGCGGUGGAGUGGGCUGUGGCCGAAGCCGCCACAGACGUCCCAAAGUCCAGCGGCCUUGCACGGGUCAGGUCGGCGGCGGAGACCCGCGGAGAGGCGGCAACGCGGCCUCGGCGAGCGGUCUUUCUGUAGAGUUGUAUAUAUCUAACAUCCUGGAGUCCACCAUGAAUGGACAGUUGGACCUAAGUGGGAAGCUAAUCAUCAAAGCUCAACUUGGGGAGGAUAUUCGACGAAUUCCCAUUCAUAAUGAAGAUAUUACGUAUGAUGAAUUAGUGCUAAUGAUGCAACGAGUUUUCAGAGGAAAACUUCUGAGUAAUGAUGAAGUUACAAUAAAGUAUAAAGAUGAAGAUGGAGAUCUUAUAACAAUUUUUGAUAGUUCUGAUCUUUCCUUUGCCAUUCAGUGUAGUAGAAUACUGAAACUGACAUUAUUUGUUAAUGGCCAGCCAAGACCCCUUGAAUCAAGUCAGGUGAAAUAUCUCCGUCGAGAACUCAUAGAACUUCGAAAUAAAGUGAAUCGCUUGUUGGAUAGCUUGGAACCACCUGGCGAACCUGGACCUUCCACCAGUAUUCCUGAAAAUGAAACUGUGGAUGGUAGGGAAGAAAAGCCUGCUGCUUCUGAUUCUUCUGGAAAACAGUCUACUCAGGUUAUGGCAGCAAGUAUGUCAGCUUUUGAUCCUUUAAAAAACCAAGAUGAAAUCAAUAAAAAUGUCAUGUCAGCGUUUGGCUUAACAGAUGAUCAGGUUUUAGGGCCACCCAGUGCUCCUGCAGAAGACCGUUCAGGAACACCUGACAGCAUUGCUUCCUCCUCCUCUGCAGCUCACCCCCCAGGAGUUCAGCCACAACAGCUACCAUAUACAGGAGCUCAGACACAAGCAGGUCAGAGUGAAGGUUCGGUGUACCAACAGUACCCUCAGCAGGCUGGGUAUGGUGCCCAGCAGCCGCAGGCACCACCUCAGCCACCACAGCAGUACGGUAUUCAGUAUGCAGCAGGCUAUACUCAGCAGACUGGAUCCCAGCAACCUCAGCAGUUCCAGGGAUAUGGCCAGCAACCAACUUCCCAGGCACCAGCUUCUUCCUUCUCUGGUCAGCCUCAACAACUGCCUGCACAACCGCCACAGCAGUACCAGGCGAGCAGUUACCCUCCACAUACUUACGCUACCCAAACUUCUCAGCCUACUAAUUAUACUGUGGCCCCUGCUUCACAACCUGGAAUGGCUCCAAGCCAACCUGGGUCCUAUCAGCCAAGACCAGGUUUUACUCAACCUCCUGGGAGUACCAUGACCCCUCCUCCAAGUGGGCCUAACCCUUAUGCACGUAAUCGUCCGCCCUUUAGUCAGAGCUAUACCCAACCUGGACCUGGUUAUCGAUAAAGAGGCUCAGCUACACUGAUGAAUGUAGCUGCUAGCUAUUUGCCUCCCAAAAGACUCCAAUACUACUAUUUUAAUUUGUAUUGAAGUUCAGAAAUUUAAGAAGCAGAGCAUUUUUUUAUGAUAUCAUUGUUGCUGUUAAUUGAAAGUAUAAUUUGCUAGAACACAAAAAAGACCAAAAUGAAAGUUUUUUCCUUCCCUGCUUAAAAGUAUAGCAGCUUCCUAGUAAUUUUGGAACACUACUCUUAAUGUGUGUGUAAAGUGAUUGAUUUUCUAGCUUGCCUUGUCCAGGGGUUAUUAAAAUGCUAGGUUGAAGUUGGCUUUUUACUAUUAACAUGAUGUACUAAAAGUAGAUCUCUUUGAGAAGAUAACUAGAUAUUAUGUAUAAAAUGAAACUGAUAGGUUAAUAAAAAUGAUUGAAUCCA